UAACAUGAGGAAUUGUUUUUAUUAUCUAACUACUUUUUACCGACUGCAACUACUAUUUCUUUUACAUGUUCAAAGAAUGAUCUGUUUGGUUAGAUGUGGCUCAUAACAUUCCAAACUCAGUUUGACAUUCCAAUAAUGAUUUUUGAUUGAUACUACCAGCUAGAUGGCAUUUUAAUUAUUUCUUUUGGCGAUUCGCCCUAAUUCUUUUUACAGAACCCUCUCGGCAAGUGGUUUUAGGGCACUGUAGAGGUAACGGAUCAUCAAAACCUCGUUUUAUGGCCUUUUUUUCUUUUGAUUCAAGGAAACACUACACAUUCAGCAGUUAUAAGAGAUAGAGAUACCUUACCUCACAGCUUAUCAGGAUUUGAGAAUUUUUGUUUUAAAUCUGAACCUAUUACAAAAUGAGGUAUUCUAUCUACAACUUUGGUACUAGCCAACAACGGGCAGCUAUCAUAUGCUUGCUAUUUCUCUGCCUGCUUGCUGUAUAUCAUUUGCUUCAACCACUUCUCAAGUAUGAGUUAAAUUCUAAAAUGAAGAAUGAAGAGAAAUUACUGAAAAACCAAAGAGAAGUCCUCAGUGAAAUUACUGCACUGAAGAAUAAGAUCAAUGAAUUAGAAAUUAGUUUAGAACAAGCUGAAUUCAGAGUUCCCAAAACAUUUCCAAAUAUUAAAUUUUUAAACUACAAAGACCGGAAGAGAAUUCUGGUAACGGGAGGCGCCGGGUUUGUUGGUUCACAUCUAGUUGAUUAUCUGAUGAAAGAAGGACAUGAAGUUAUCGUAGUAGAUAAUUUUUUUACUGGACGAAAAAGGAACGUUGAACAUUGGAUUGGUCAUGGAAAUUUUGAACUCAUACAUCAUGACAUUGUCAAUCCCUUAACCAUAGAAGUGGACGAAAUUUAUCAUUUGGCGUCACCAGCUAGUCCACCACAUUAUAUGCUCAACCCCGUAAAGACUAUUAAAACGAACACUGUUGGCACCAUUAAUAUGUUAGGAUUAGCUCGGCGUGUAAAUGCGAAAAUACUUAUUGCAAGCACCUCCGAAGUUUACGGUGAUCCAGAAAUUCAUCCGCAGUCUGAAACUUAUUGGGGACACGUAAAUCCAAUUGGUCCAAGAGCUUGUUAUGAUGAGGGCAAAAGAGUUGCAGAAGCGCUAAGCUAUGCCUAUGCCAAGCAAGAAAAGGUGCAAGUUAGAGUUGCUCGUAUUUUCAAUACGUACGGGCCACGAAUGCACAUGAACGAUGGAAGGGUCGUCUCAAAUUUCAUACUUCAAGCUUUACAAAACGAAAGCAUAACCAUUUAUGGGCAUGGGAAACAAACACGUUCUUUUCAAUACGUAUCGGAUUUAGUCGAUGGCCUUGUUGCUUUGAUGAAUUCGUCGUACAGUCUGCCGGUAAACUUGGGUAAUCCCAUCGAACAUAACAUAGAUGAAUUUGCACAGAUAAUAAAAUCGAUCGUCAACGGUGUGAAUAGUUCUAUCCAAUACCUUCCUGCGGUUGAGGAUGAUCCGCAAAGGAGACGGCCUGACAUAAGUAGGGCGAAGAAACAUCUGAAUUGGGAACCAAAAGUUUCCUUGGACACAGGGUUACGAAAGGCUGUCGAAUACUUCCGGCGCGAAAUUCUGCGAUCGUCAAUGCCGAUUGUUCCGCAGAAGUUUUUGAAACGUGGGGACAAAGACCUGUGGUAAGGCGCAAGCUCAAGCAGCAGUG